GAACACUCCUGGUUUCCUCUUCCUCGUCCUCAAUGUCUGAUUCCAGAUUAUCCACAAGGUGUUGGCAGGAUGUCAAAAGUGGUACAUAUUCUUACUCAUCCUCAGCAAUUUCAAGGAGAUGAGCUCGAGGUCGAACCCGAAGGCAACAUAUUUGACAUCAUAGGGCGAUCGGCAAGAUAG